AAUCUCUUUUCUGUUCAGUCAUUUACUUUUCAGAGAAGGCAGUCAGAUGUUUUUCUCGUCAUUAAUGGGUUUGAAUCAUCCGGUGGCGACCAACUGAGAGACAAGAAACUGAUUCAUCAUUAAGCACUUGUCCUUCAGUUCAGAGUGAAACGUAACUCAACCGUAGAGCAUUGAGAAGCCUGUGUUUCUGAGACUACAAGAAGGUCCACUAUACAGUAAGAAUGAGAAAAAGGACCAAGAAGAAGUCAUAAUGGUUCUAUGGUGUCUCUAUGUCAUCCUGCUCCUCCCCCUACUAACCUGCUCCAGCCAACCACAGUCCUGUCUGCAGUGUGUCAAUGACUUCAUCAGUAACAUCACAUGUGUGUUGAACAACAUAUGCAUACCCCCAGACAUGCCGUGCACUCUGCAUGGUGAAUACCCCGGGUUUAAAAGGCAAUGUGAGAUGAAGUCCUUGGCCGGUUUCAACACAACCUUGAGAGGCGGCAGUCUGGUCUUUGAGGGCAAUCCAUUCUUUUGGAAAGAGGAUGAAAUACCCAUUGGUGUACGGUGUGGACAAGCAGAAGAUUAUGUGAUACAGAUUGAACACCUGUAUCAACCAUUUAACCACAUUAAAAUGCAUCCCCCUGGCAAGCCGACUGUCAUCAAUGCCUCAAUCACCUGGACACCAGGAGCUCCCAUUUCAAGAAAGAUAUUCAACUAUGACUUCCAACUACAGUGGAAACAGGAACUACAUCACUGGGAGGAUGCUGUGGAGGUGAACAUAUCAAACAAACAGACCUAUUUUGACCUGGACCCUGAGGUGCUGGAGAGAGGAAGGAGGUACCAGGUCAGAGUCCGGGUUCGAGCCGACCCAGACCAUUACCCAAACUGUCAGUGGAGCGACUGGAGCCCCAGUGCAUCAUGGGUCUCCACUCUGGGCCAGAUGAAGCAAGGAGGUAGUCCUGAUGUUCUAGACCAGGACUUUGUGGUGGUCACCGUGGUGGGAGCUGUUGUUGUACUGGUCCUGCUGGUCUCCAUGUCGCUCUGCAAAGGAAAGGUCAAGAAGAUUCUGAAUCCUCCUAUACCAGAUCCCUCCAGGUACUUUGAGGGCCUCAACCUCCAUCACGAUGGAAACUUCAAGGCUUGGCUGGGUCCUUUGUUCGCCUUUGAAGCCGUCGACUCUGCCUUGCACCUUGAAGACAUCUCCCAGGUAGAGAUUACCAACAGCAUUGGCACCAUCGCCCCCCUGAGGAGGGAGACCGGUACUGCACUACUACUGAAGAAGAGAUUGGACAACAGUGGCCGCUCCGGCUUCAACAACUUCUUAUCUCAAUGCUCCCAGCCUGGAUCCACAUCCACCAAGUUGGAACCUUGCUCUGUACACUCCCCUUACGGACCAGUAGGUGGCACUACUGAAGAGAUAGAUGAGUGGAAGGAGGAGAACAGAGGAGAGAGGAUGGAUAGUAAUAGAGGUGUAGGGGGGAAGGACGAAGAUAUCAGGGGUGGAGGGAAGGAGGGAGAGAUGUUGGGUGGAGGGAAGGAUGGAAAGAUGGGGGUUGGAGGGAAGGAGGGAGAGAUGUGUGGUGAAGGGAAGGAGGGAGAGAUGUUGGGUGGAGGGAAGGAUAGAGAGAUGUAUGGUGGAGGUAUAUUUGGAGGCAUCAGUGCAGGUGAAGAUAUCCUCCAGGUUUCUUCUUACGAGCGUGUUGAGAAGCUCCAGGCCGAGCGCCGGGCCCUCAUAAGCCCAGAUUCAGGCAUCGGCAGUGGGGCAGAGGAUCAGGAAAGUCAGGAGAGCGUGGAGGAUGCGGUCGGGCCUAUUGCAUCCACCCCCCAUUUUGUCUCUCAGGACUUUCAUCUUGUUCCGCUUCUUCCUCUUAUCAAUAACAAUAACUUUACAUUCUGCUCCACCCCCUUACCCAUUUCCCUGUCCGCUUUCCCCCAGCUUCCCUUCACCCUACCUGGGUUGGAUAGUGUAGGGGGAAAGGGUACGGAGAUGGGGGUUGGAGGAGGUUCUCUCACAAUGUCUUCCUCCUAUGAACGUGUGGAUAAUCUGCAGCUCCAGGCCCAACUCUUGGCCCCUCAGAGCCCAGAUUCAGGCAUUGGCAGUGGGGGAGAGGAUCAGGAAAGCCAGGAGAGUGUGGAGGAUGAGGUCAGGCCAACUGUGACCCCCUGUAACCAUAUCCCUCUUAUUACCACUAACAAUAUAUUUCCAUUCUGUUCCACUCCCUUACCAAUCCCGCUGGAUGUUUUACCCCAACUACCCCUCACCUUCUCUGGGUUUGGGAUGGUUCCAUCCCUGGGACCCAGUACUAGUACCAGUCAUCAAGACCGGCUGUUGGAGAUGUCUCUCCUGUCUUCUUCAAUGGCAAUAGAGCCCUCUAGUGGCGGCUACAUGCCAGUGAAAGAAGCUCAGAACUGAACUAUGAAAACAUUUGACUUGGGAGGGAAAUGAUUUAUAUAUACACUAGAUGACUGACAGGCUGUUUUGAAGCCACCACUCCUCCAUCUAGGCACUCCCCCUCCAUUGUAAAAAAUACUUUGGAAGCUAUAGAAAUGCAUUUACUAAUGUCUACAUUUGUUUUUACCACAUUUAUUCUAUUACAGACACACUUUUUUAAGAACUAAUGUAACUGUCCCCACUACAACAACAAAAAAAGACUUACAAAUGCGUCAUUUGGUUGUUGAAACAUUUCAAUGACAUACUGUAGAAUUCCAUCCAUUCCAAUAGAGCUCCACAGUGGAGGUGCCAUAAUACCCAUAAAACCUAGCGUUCAAACAGGGAAACGGUUCCAAUUGUUUUUCCACUAUUCAUUUUUCCCUUAAGGGAUUUUAGAAACACUUAAAAUAAGGCCUGUGGCCUCCUGAGUGGCGCAGUGGUCUAAAACUCUGCAUCGCAAGCUGUGUCAGAGCCCGGCCGUGAGCAGGAGCCCCAUAGGGCGACACACAAUUGGCCCAGGGUUUGGCCGGGGGGCUUUCCUAGGCUCAUCGCACUCUAUCGACUCCUUGUGGCGGUGUUAAAGUGUUAAACAAAUCAAAAUAUAUUUUAGAUUCUUCAAAGUUGCCACCUUUUGCCUUGAUGACAGCUUUGCACACUCUCAGUGUUCUCUCAACCAGUUUCACCUGGAAUGCUUUUCCAACUGUCUUGAAGGAGUUUCCACAUAUGCUGAGCACUUGUUGGCUGUGGUCCAACUCAUCCCAAACCAUCUCAAUUGGUUGAGGUCGGGUAAUUGUGGAAUCCAGGUCAUCUGAUGCAGCACUCCAUCAUUCUCCUUCUUGGUCAAAUAGCCCUUACACAGCCUGGAGGUGCAGAGAUUAUCACAGCCUGGAGGUGCAGAGAUUAUCACAGCUUGGAGGUGCAGAGAUUAUCACAGCUUGGAGGUGCAGAGAUUAUCACAGUUUGGAGGUGCAGAGAUCAUCACAGCUUGGAGGUGCAGAGACCAUCACAGCUUGGAGGUGCAGAGAUCAUCACAGCUUGGAGGUGCAGAGAUCAUCACAGCUUGGAGGUGCAGAGAUCAUCACAGCUUGGAGGUGCAGAGAUCAUCACAGCUUGGAGGUGCAUAGAUCAUCACAGCUUGGAGGUGCAUAGAUCAUCACAGCUUGGAGGUGCAUAGAUCAUCACAGCUUGGAGGUGCAGAGAUCAUCACAGCUUGGAGGUGCAGAGAUCAUCACAGCUUGAAGGUGCAGAGAUCAUCACAGCCUGGAAGUGCAGAGAUCCUCACAGCCUGGAAGUGCAGAGAUCCUCACAGCCUGGAAGUGCAGAGAUCAUCACAGCCUGGAAGUGCAGAGAUCCUCACAGCCUGGAAGUGCAGAGAUCAUCACAGCUUGGAGGUGCAGAGACCAUCACAGCUUGGAGGUGCAGAGAUCAUCACAGCUUUGAGGUGCAGAGAUCAUCACAGCUUGGAGGUGCAGAGAUCAUCACAGCUUGGAGGUGCAUAGAUCAUCACAGCUUGGAGGUGCAGAGAUCAUCACAGCUUGGAGGUGCAGAGAUCAUCACAGCUUGAAGGUGCAGAGAUCCUCACAGCCUGGAGGUGCAGAGAUCAUCACAGCCUGGAGGUGCAGAGACACAUGCAGAUCAUAUGUUCACCUACUCUGCAUCUCACAAAGACAUGGCAGUUGGAACCACAAAUCUAAAAUUUGGACUCAUCAGACCAAAGGACAGAUUUCCACCGUUCUAAUUUCCAUUGCUUGUGUAUCUUGGCCCAUGCAAGUCUCUUCUUCUUAUUGGUUUCCUUUAGUAGUGGUUUCUUUGCAGCAAUUCAACCAUGAUUCACACAGUCUCCUCUGAACUGGUGAUGUUGAGAUGUGUCUGUUAUUUUAACUCUGUGAAGCAUUUAAUUGGGCUGCAAUUUCUGAGGUGGUAACUGUAAUGAACUUGUCCUCUGCAGCAGAGGUUACUCUGGGUCUUCCUUUCCUGUGGCGGUCCUCAUGAGAGCCAGUUUCAUCAUAGUGCUUGAUGGUUUUUGCGACUGCACUUGAAGAAACUUUAAAAGUUAUUGAAAUUUUCCGGAUUGACUGACCUUCAUGUCUUAAAUUAAUGAUGGACUGUCGUUCGCUUUGCUUAUUUGAGCUGUUCUUGACAUAAUAUGGACUUGGUCUUUUACCAAAUAGGGCUAUCUUCUGUACACCACCCUACCUUGUCACAACACAAUUGAUUGGCUCAAAUACAUUAAGAAGGGAAAUAAAUUACACAAAUGAACUUUUAACAAGGCACACCUGUUAAUUGAAAUUCAUUCCAGGUGACUACCUCAUGAAGCUGGUUGAGAGAAUGCCAAGUGUGCAAAGCUGUCAAGGCAAAGGGUAGCUACUUUGAAGAAUCUCAAAUAUAAAAAUAUACUUUAAUUCCAUAUGUGUUAUUUCACAGUGUUGGUGUCUUCACUAUUAUUCUACAAAGUAGAGAAGAGUAAAGACAAAGACAAACCCUUGAAUGAGGAGGUGUGUCCAAACUUUUGACUGGUACUGUAUAUUCGGCUCUAUAUACUCUCCGAUUUGAAGAUACACAUUCGCAUCAACAUAGACAUCAUGCAAGUCCUGCACAUCAUCUCUGCUGUCAUCGCUGUCACCUUUUGCUAGCAGGUAUUGUGUCAAUUUAAAACUUGCACAAGACAGUUUCCAGAAUUGUACAUUUGAAAAGAUUCUGCCAAUUCAUUCAUUACUCCAUUUAGCUAACAUUAGACACUUAACCCAGAGAUUUGGGGCAGCAGGUAGUCUAGUGGUUAGAGUGUUGGACCAGUAACCAAAAUGCUGCUUGUUUGAAUCCCCGAGCUGACAGGGUAAAACAUCUGUCAUUCUGCCCCUGAACAAGGCAGUUUAACCCUCUGUUCCCCGGGAGGCCGUCAUUGUCAAUAAGAAUUUGUUCUUAACCGACUUGCUUAGUUAAAUAAAGGUAACAUUUAAAACAACAUUUUUGUUUUAUUAUUCCCUUUCCCUCAUGGUAUUUGUAGGUCUUUAUGAUAGCCACAUUAGCAGCUAAUAAGCAUCACAUUUUUUUUUUUUUUGGGGGGGGGGGGGUAAAUACAGACGAAUAUAUUGAUAAAAGUCACUUUGUCCUAGAGAGAUUUACAUGGUUAUCAAAACAUUAAAUCAGGGUAAGACUACAUGAAACACUGCCCUUAUUUUAAGUGUUUCUAAAAUCCCCUAUGGGUAAAAUGAAUGGUGUAAAAACUAUUGGAACCAUUUCCCUGUUUGACUGCUAAGUUUUAUGUGUAUUGUGACUCAUACUCGUAGUCUAUGGAGGACUGCUUUUCUGAGGAGUGCCAAUAUGGCCAACCGGUGGCUUCAAAACCUCUCAUUGGCCAAAACAUACAGUAGCAUCAGCAAUCCAGGGUUUAUAUACGUCAUUGGGAGGGAUACAGUGCUUCCAGGUGGAUAGAGAAAAAAGGGCCAAUCUGGGGAUUGGUACAUUCAUUUUGUUGCUGUUUGAAUCCCAGAUUUCCCUUUUAAUGGGAUGUGGUUGAGGUAUGGGAAUGUUUUAGAUAGGUUCAUAGAUAUGCAUGUCCAGUAGAUACUGUACAUCAGGGCUAUUCAACUAGCGGCCCGCACGCCAGAUCCGGCCCGUUUAUGAAUUUAAACCCUGAACAUUAAUAAAAUAUCUGUAAAAAAAGUUUUAUUUCCACCAAAAUCCGCCGUUCAGUGUCAAAAUGACAAGCACUAUGGUGGUUGUCUAUAGUCUGGUGCCUAUGUAGAAUGUCAAUGGGUUUUUCUCUUCGUCAUAUGGAUUUGGCAGUAGCGUUUGAACAGUUUAAGCUUCAAAAUAUGAUGAAAGCUACACCUCUAAGGAACACAUACAUGCCUUCUGUUGCCCUCUCUGAUGCUCACAAAGACUCGUUAGAAGUGAGAGACAAACAGCGCACCUAAUGACCGAGGGAAAUUCAUUCACAGCAUCCUUCCUUCAGACUGGAAUUUGACAUGACCUGAUUUGACAUAUCUUUGUGUUAUUUACUGAGAUGCUUAGUUUUCAGAUGCUUUUAAAAUGAACUAAUUACUUUUAAGAAGCUUUUAAUAGUUAUUUAACUGUUUUAUUGGAUGGUUGUGAGUCACUUGUUUUAUUCAGUUAUUCGAAAAAUAAUCACAUGUGGAAAAUGUCCAGCCCCCCUGCAAUUAAACCUUUUUUCAUCUGGCCUCUGUAAGAAGAUAGUUGAAUAGCCCUGCUGUACCUUAUAUAGAUACACAUCCAUAUCAUCAGUUCUAUAUGAUAGUAACAGGUGGAUAGAGACAGUUAAUGUGGUUCUAUAGGGUGGUAACAGGUGGAUAGAGACAGUUAAUGUGGUUCUAUAGGAUGGUAACAGGUGGAUAGAGACAGUUAAUGUGGUUCUAUAGGAUGGUAACAGGAGGAUAAAGACAGUUAGUGUUCAUUGCUUUGUGUUAUUCAUAAACAGUGUUUUGUCUUGUAGGCUACUUUGUUCGUUUAAAAAACAAAGAAGAAAUAGCAGUUGAGUUUACCACUCAAGUCAUAUAUUUUCUGUUGAAUACUCAGAAAAUUGUCUAUAAGCUUUUAUAAACUGGGUGGUUCGAGCUCUGAAUGCUGAUUGGCUGAAAUAAAUGGUAUAUCAGACCGUAUACCACGGAUAUGACAAAACAUGUAUUUUUACUGCUGUAAUUACUUUGGUAACCAGUUUAUAAUAACAAUAAGGCACCUCGGGUGUUUGUGAUAUAUGGCUCAUUUACUCCACGUUGCAUCGUGCCUAAGAACAGCCCUGAGCUGUGGUAUAUUGGUACAUACCACACCCCCCCGGGCCUUGUUGUUUUUCAUACCACACUGUUCUACCUCUCAGGACAGUACUACAUCUAUUUAUGACAUCAAUAUGAUACUAUGAUUGUGCUCCCAGUAAAUACUGAUCUGAUACUGAUAAUUCUCUCAGUAGAAAUGAAGAAUGUAUUAUUAUGUUGUGUAUAACAUGGCCAUCUUGAAUGUUAUGUCUCUUUUGAAAAAUUAUAUUAUUUUUGUAUAUUUAAAUAACACUGUUGUAUGUUAAACAUCACAGCAUAGUUGGAAGAUAUAUAGUGCAUAGAAAUCCGAAGAGGGUGGCCAGCAGAGAUGGGAUGGGCUGAGGGAAGCUGAGGGAAGCUUGAGGGUUGGGAUGUGGAAUUGGAGACAAGUGAGAUUGGAGUUGUUUGGUGGGGGAUAGAAUGAUGGUCAAAGAUCAAAGUAAAACAAAUAAAGUCCAAAUAAAACUAAACAAACACUGAGGGGCAGUGUUGUUACAGCUAACAGUGUUGUUACAGCUAACGGUGUUGUUACAGCUAAUAGUGUUGUUACAGCUAACGGUGUUGUUACAGCUAACGGUGUUGUCACAGCUAAUAGUGUUGUUACAGCUAACAGUGUUGUUACAGCAGCUAACAGUGUUGUUACAGCUAACGGUGUUGUUACAGCUAAUAGUGUUGUUACAGCUAACGGUGUUGUUACAGCUAACGGUGUUGUCACAGCUAAUAGUGUUGUUACAGCAGCUAACAGUGUUGUUACAGCAGCUAACAGUGUUGUUACAGUUAACGGUGUUGUCACAGCUAACGGUAUUGUUACAGCUAACGGUGUUGUCACAGCUAACAGUGUUGUUACAGCUAAUGCCAGUUUGCCUGAGGCUGAUGCCGUGCAGGUGUUUGUACACAGGCAUAUACAUGGACACACAAAUGAAAUUGUGCCAUACGUGCACUCAACGUGCACUCAAACAUAUUCAGUUGACCUUGCUCUUAUGAUUUUAGUUGUUCUUGAUGUCUUUUGUUAUUUGCAUUGUUGUUUCCUGUUUUCCUUAGUCUUUUUUUUGUCUUUUGAUAAUUUUGUUGGUUGUUGGUGCAUUGGGGGCUUUGGGGUGGGGAAUGGAAUGAUAACAUCUUUCUCGGGUGGUUGACGGGCAGCUCUUGGGGAACUGUGUGUGUGUGUGGGGGGGGGGGGGUAAAAAUGUAUAAAAAUGUUACAGAUGAAAUUGUUUGGGUUUUUGCAAAUUGUCAUUAUUGUAAGUUAGCCUUUUUAAAUGCAUUUUUAUAAGGCAGCUUAAUUUUCAUUACAAUCUUAUUGACAGUCAUUGGUAAAGGGAUUUAUUGUUUAACAUAGCUGAAAGUUGGUGUUUUUUUAUUUUUUAUAUUUCAGCCAAUUAAUAAAGAAUCAACUGUC